CAGGAAGUGAAUUUAAGGGAAAUAAAAAAAAAAAAAAAAAAAAAAAAAAAAACGAACAGAAGGGAAUGAAACCGGAGCAGGCGGAGGAUCCCUGCGUUGCGCUUUCGUCCGCGUUCACAGAGCUGCCGUGAAGAAGCCCAGUCGUCAGCGACGAUGCUCAUUAAGGAAUUCCGAGUGGUCCUGCCAAUUUCUGUGGAUGAGUACCAAGUGGGCCAGCUGUACGCGGUGGCAGAAGCCAGUAAAAACGAGACGGGAGGCGGCGAGGGGGUGGAGGUGCUGAAGAAUGAGCCGUACGAGAAGGAUGGGGAGAAGGGCCAGUACACUCAUAAAAUAUACCACCUGCAGAGUAAAGUGCCAGCGUUCGUGAGGAUGUUGGCUCCAGCAUCCGCCCUCAGCAUCCACGAGAAGGCUUGGAAUGCGUAUCCCUACUGCCGCACCAUUCUAACUAAUGAGUACAUGAAGGACAACUUCAUGAUCAAGAUUGAGACGUGGCACAAGCCUGACCUCGGCACUCAAGACAACGUUCAUUGCCUUGACCUGGACACCUGGAAGAAGGUGGAUGUGGUUUACAUCGACGUUGCCGACAGGAGCCAGGUGGAUUCAAAGGAUUACAAGCAAGAAGAGGAUCCUGCCUUGUUCAAGUCAGUGAAGACUGGUCGAGGACCCCUGGGGCCUGACUGGAAGAAGGAGCUCCCCACCAAGACUGACUGUCCUCACAUGUGUGCCUACAAGCUGGUUACAGUCAAGUUCAAGUGGUGGGGCCUGCAGAAUAAGAUUGAGAACUUCAUCCAAAAGCAAGAGAAGCGCCUGUUCACCAACUUCCACAGACAACUCUUCUGUUGGAUUGACAAGUGGGUCGAUCUGUCGAUGGAUGACAUUCGCCGCAUGGAGGAGGAGACGAGGAAGGAGCUGGACGAAAUGCGAGAGAAGGACCCAGUUAAAGGAAUGGUGGCUGUAGAAGACUGAAGAUUCAGAGCUGGCAGUAACCCUAAACACCAGCAGUGUUGCCUCCACACUCCUGUUUGUGGGGUCCUGGACCCCUUCUGUCUGGCCCCUGGGGGGCUGUCCCUCCCCCCCACCUCAUUUUUGGUACUUGCUCAACUGCAGGGAGUUUCUACAUUACUGAACACUAAAACUAAGCAGAGCCACAACCUUUUAGUGACUGUAGAGUGUACUUAAAGUCCCCAAUGUCUGUUUCAUAUCUUAACAUAAUGAAACUAUGAUUGUGCUGUAAUUAUACAGGAAAAGAUUAUAUUCAUUUGGACAAUACCAACGACUUCUAUGAAAGGUUUUUGAUUUGCAUUGAUUGUCAGGAGUCUUUCUGUGUUGCAGACUGAAAUGUGUGCUCUCCUUGAAAAUCCCCCCCAGCCCCAUUCACAAAUAACACAUACUAUGUAUAAGUACCUAUUCAUAGUCUCCUGUAUAUCUUGGGGUGGCUUUCAGUAAUGAGCAUUCUUGCUACACCUCUUUCUGCUACCCAGAUUUGACCAUGGAGUAAUGUGGAAAAGGAACCUCUCUGGUUCUGGUUGCUGAUGGAAGGAAAUCAGCCUAUUUGUGAUAUCUGACAAUGAUCCAGUUGUUCCAGAGUGCUUGAAUAUGUGUGUUUGAGUGUGUGCCUAUAAUUUUUUUAAAGAGGCUAAAUUUGGUCGUUUUGUGAAGGACUCUUGGGGAAAACUGCCCUGUUCAGGCCUGUACUGUAAUAAAAAUGUUUU